AUGAAUCCACGGCGUGAGGGUCAAAGCAGCGAUGAAUCGGCGACAUCGGAAGCCCUGUCCAUCGCGCAGAACGCCAGAAUUUCUCAACAGUUCUUAGCAACAAACCUCGGACUCCUGACGGAUUCGGCAAUUCUCCAACGAACUCUUAGCUUGAAUUCUGUCAUUUCGACGACCUCUUCCUUCAGCAUCCGUUUUCAGAAUGCACGUUCUCGCCCCGACUUACAAACCCUCAACCAAAUCGGAGCUGGCUUGCAGGGAGCUGUAUUUGAGCAGGUCGGCAAGCCUCUAGUACUAAAGAAGGAAUUUCCUGGAAACGAAGACCUGCCAUCGAACCUCGAUCAUGAGUAUAGGAUCCACUGUACUGUUUCGGCUACAUUCGAGUAUUACCAUUCCCUCAACAGCGAAGUCCACGUUCCAAAACCUUACAACUUUAUCUUCAAAGAAGAGAAUAAUGCUUUCUGGGAUGAGAUCUUACCAAAAAUCCCUCAGGCCUAUCGUAUACGUGGAGACCUUAUGAUGAUGGAACGGAUUCUUCCGUUACCGAAAGUCGUGCGAAGGGCCUUAAUCUCCCAGUUUUAUACUCCUCAAUACCUCAAUAAUACUGGGAUUGAGGCUAUCCUCAAUCACCCUGGAAAUAAGCACUGCCUUGCCCGUGUCUAUCUUGGUAAGGCAAAUGGUACCAUUGAUCAGGAGACUCCGCUACGAAAUUUCCCUCUGUACCUUGAGCCGAUGGAGCAGAUUGGCAUCGAGACUCUCCCGCUUGCAAAUGCGAUGGGGAAAGCCUAUGCAACCCUACAUUGGGCCGCCGCCAUCAACGGUGAUGAUGUGGAGUUUGUUCUUGGAACGUCAGCCAUAGCUCCCGAGGGAAGAUACCAUGAACCCGACUUUCAGCACCGCGCCGUUCAGUUAUAUCUCUUGGAUUUCGGACAAUGUGAGACGGUAGACCUCACCCAGGACCCCGAUAUUGUCUAUCAAGCUUUCAAGGGAGCUAUGGUGACAGGGGACAAUCAGCGUUUCAUCCCGCAUUACUUGAAGAGCCCGGAACUGUUCGCAAUAUUCCGAAAAGGAUACACUGAAGCGGGCAAUAGAAUUCUAUUAGAUAAGCGGUUGGAAGACAAGUUCAACAUGGAGGACUUCAUGCAGCAGUAUGAGGAGUAUGCUGAGGACUUCCUGUACUAG